CUUCAAGGGAAAGACUAGAUCUUGCACAAGGCACCCUGUGUCUUCCCCUGGCUGGGGACUGGGACAAGUGGCAUGGGGCCUCUCCAGUUGUUCAUUCUGCUCUUCAUCACAGCACUGUCCAGUGCCUCCAACACCACAGUGUUGCAGGGUGUGGAGGGUCACUCCCUGAGGAUCUCCUGUCCCUAUGACUCUGCGAAGCACUGGGGGCGACGCAAGGCCUGGUGCCGCCAGCUGGAUGAGAAGGGCCUGUGUCAGCGUGUGGUCAGCACGCACAGCUUGUGGCUUCUGGCCUUCCUAAAGAAGCGGAAUGGGAGCACAGUCAUCACAGAUGAUGCCCUGGCUGGGACCCUCACGGUUACACUGCGGAAUCUGCAAGCCCAUGAUGCAGGCCUCUACCAGUGCCAGAGCCUCCGAGGCCACGAGACUGACACACUCCAGAAGGUCCUAGUGGAGGUGCUGGAAGACCCCCAGAAUCACCAGGAUGCUGGAGACCUCUGGGUUCCUGAGGAGUCAGAGAUCGUAGAGGGGGCCCGCGUGGAGCACAGCAUCUCUAGGAGCCUCCCAGGAGAGACCUCUUUCCUGCCCACUUCCAUCCUCCUCCUCCUGAUCUGCAUCUUCCUCAGCAAGCUUCUUGCAGCCAGUGUCCUCUGGGCUGUGGCCUGGCGUGGGCAGAAGCUGGGGACACCUCCAGCUAGUGGGCUGGACUGUGGCCACUACCUCAGACACCAGCUCCAGACCCUGAGAGGGUCGAGGGACACAUGAAAGAAGAGGACCCUGGAUGGGAGGAGAAGCCUGGGAAAGGUCCACCCAGGGGCCACUCCAGCCUGCACACUCUUCCCCACCACCAAGAUUCGUGGUUCUGUUCUGGCAAGAUGCCACUCUUCCCACAGCCUGCUACCCCCGGGCUUGGGACAUGUGUACCUGUGCGUGCGUGUGUGUGUGUGUGUGU